GUUGGUUUCGAGCUAUUUUACCAAAGUCUGCUCUGAGAGUGGAAGAAGAAGCCUGGAAUGCCUACCCGUACACCAAAACCAGGUACAAGUGUCCCUUCAUUGAGAAGUUUCUACUGGAGGUGGAGACCAAGUACCACAAUGACCCAGGGGAUGAUGAUGGUGUCUUCAGCUUAUCUAAAAGUGAAAAGGCUCAAAGAACUGUUGAUUAUAUAGACAUAGUAAAAGACAGCGUGACUGGGGGAGACUACAACAAAGAUGAAGACCCCAAAUUGUAUAAGUCCAAGAAAACUGGAAGAGGUCCCCUGACCGAGGAAUGGAGGCAGGAAUAUGCCGAAGCUUUGCGUUCUGGCAGCCCUGAUGGCAAGGAGAUGAUGACAGCCUACAAGUUGUGCAGGGUGGAGUUCAAGUACUGGGGCAUGCAGAACAAAAUUGAGAGGUUCAUUCAUGAUAUUGCUCUAAGGAAGACAAUGCUACGAGCUCACAGACAAGCCUGGUGUUGGCAGGACGAAUAUUAUGGGCUAACACUGGAGGAUAUUCGAGAGUUAGAGCGUGAAACCCAGCUGGCACUGGCUGAGAAAAUGGCAGCCGCCAAAAUUGAAGAAGGAGGCGAGGGCAUGGCCCAGGCUGCAUCUGAUGAAGACAGUAACAGCAACACAUCUUGCAUGUCGGAGAGACAGUCUGGGCAAUCCAAAGUGGAUAAACCUAAAUCUUCAGUUCAUUUCUCAGAGACCACAGUCUCAGAUUCGCCCACAUCGGACUCGUAUGGAAAGGAUUUUAUACCCAGGAGUGCCUCACAGGAGAGUACUGCUAGCACUGUUGUGAAUGGCAAUUUGGGGGCGGCAUCUUCGUCGUCACAUCAGAGACAGUCACAAGGAUCCAGGGGCAGAUCAUCUGGGGGUAAGUUGAUACUACUCAGUUGUCUGCUGGUAGGCGUCAAGCCAUCACUACUACUUUUACUGCUGCUUCUUCUUCUUUUACUUUUUUUCUUCUUCUUAAAAUCUGUUUCUUUAUUAUGGACUGUGGAAUGA